UUUUAUUUAAAUAAUAUCCACUUCUCUCUCACUCCCAGCUAUCUCCGAUCGGCGCUCACCGCCACCCAUCCACGACCGGCGCCCAGUCGCCGCCUCCUCCGUUCCCCUCUCCUCUCCCCUUUCGCUGCUCCCUUAUCCGACCAACGAACCCGGCGCAGCCGGCUUCUCCUCUUUCUCUCCCCUCGCCUGCUCCUUUCCUCUUCUCCGGCGAGAAACAACUGCAAGCAGCAACCGAGAGAGAAGCAGCCGGCGAGGAACAGGCAGCGCCUCCCUCUCCCCUCCUUUACUCUCCUCCUUCUGCUUCGGCGAAACAACAACAGCGACACCAAACGCUGCUCCAACCAGCGAAGCAGCACACUCUGGUCGAUUACAACUGCAACCUUGGAUACCAACAGACUUAUCGGAAACCGUAAAGCUCGAGGCAACUGAGGAAGCUCAACAUCUAAAAAAGUUGAUACAAGAGUAUACUGCUUCUUUCAUCAAAAUAGGAGAUAAGAUAUUCCAGGGGCAAACCUGUCAUUUCCCCUUGUGGUUAUCCAAAAAGGUAUCACCUUUGCUUCCCUUCUUCAGUUGCGCGUGUUUUUGACUUCGAUUGGUGAGGAUGCUCCUUCAAUUCUAUGGCAAAACAACACAUAAACUAUGUGCUCUCUGAAAUCAACUUUUCCGAGGUUCUUUUUUGCGAACGAACAUAAAGGUAUGCCUUCUGUCUUUGCUGUGUUGAGUUUUCUCCAUUGAAUUUUCUUGUUCUAAUGCAUCUUUCCGUCUGUUCAAUGUUGUAUUUUUUACUUUAAAUUGUUACCUUCGAUUUAAACCUAAUGUUAUUUCGAAUUGGGGAAAAUUUGUUAUUGAAACCAUCCUAGGGUUAUAGCUGCAAGGGGCUUUUCAAAUUAUUGUAUACUUCACAUUUGAGUGUGGGUUAUAGCUGCAAGGGGCUUUUCAAAUUAUUGUGUACAUCACAUUUGAGUGUGGUGGGUUUAAAUUUGAAAAUAUUUCUGUCUCAUGCUUCGAUUUUCAACGAAGGAUUUAGCUUGCUUCUGCUUAUAAUUUUGAGUUAUUUCGUGAUCAGGUACUAAAAGAUCAACCAAAAGACUGAUAUUUUUACUUCUGAUGAAUUUUACUUCUAUGUUUAACGGGAAUAGAUGAAAAAAAUAACAAUUUAAAAAACAAUACCUUCCGUUUAAACCUAAUUUCAUUUCGAGUUGGGGAAAAUUUGUUACUGAAACCAUCCUAAGGUCAAAGCUGCAAUGGGUUUUACAGCUUCAACUUGAAACUACAUAGAGGGUACGUGUAGUAAUGAAAAGAGGUUUGUUGUGGAGUUCAAGAAGUUUUGCUCUUAGUAGGUUGUUAUUUUAGGUGACGAUAUCAUUCUGAGUUAGUUUUUCUGCAUUGUAAUUGCAAUCAAUAAACUACUCUCGGGUUCUCUCUGUUUUCUAUUUUCUACUUCGCAGUUACUCUUAUUGGUCUAUUAGGACUCUGAGUCUCCGACAUUAAUUGACCUGUCCAGCGUUGUCCAAAAGAACAUAAAAAACAUUACUAUUUCUCUUACAAUACAUAGAUGGUGAUAGUUCAGGUAGGAGAAGAAAAAGAGGACAGCCAAUUGUUCACAUAUUAAACUCACAACAGAGGUAUUAAAAAUGAUACAUGGAUGAUGAUAGUUCAGGUAGGAAAAGAAAAAGAGAACAACCAACUAUUUACGUGUUAAACUCGCGAAAGAGUUGUUAAAUAUGAUACAUGGAUGGUGAUAGUUCAGGUAGGAAAAGAAAAGGAGAACAGCCAACUGUUCUCACGUGUUAAACUCACGAAAGUGUUAUUAAAAAUGAUACUUUACAUUGCUAUCUUCUUUUCAGCCGAGAAAAAAAUCAUUAAUUGCAUCUGUAGAAUUUUGGAGCUCACAUUUUUCCAGCUAAGGAAACAAAGGAUACACUCUUCACUGGCAAAUGAAAAGAAAUGUCUCUGCUUACAAUGAUGGAGCUUAAAUUUGGUUACUGAUAAACCAAAUUGGAGAAGCUUUCAUGACAAUUCUUGAAGAAGUUCUUGUAUCACAUGCAAUGGCUGAGUUCUGAAAUUUCUGCACUGCUCAUUUGAAGGUAUGCUAAAAAGGUCGAAACUUUUGAUUCACAUACGUGAAGAGCUUGGAUCUCUGAAUAGGAACCCUACAUUUGCAUUUUGUACUUGUGUGACUGAUGACAAGUGUGAUAAUGCUAAAGCAAGAGGCGAUGGGUCGGAGUCUGAGAAUGAAUGGGAAAGAUUGCUUAAGCCUUUUGACUUCAAACAACUCCAAAGAUCACUCAAUAAAAUUACCCCGUAUCAGCUCAAUAAAUUAUUGGCACUCCCUUUGGAUGUACCAACAUCGAUGGAGCUAUUCCAGUGGGCCGGUAGCCAAACAAGCUAUUGCCACUCAUUUGAUGUCUACUAUACUUUAAUUGAUAAACUUGGGGCCGCCAAGGAAUUUAAGAUUAUAGAUAGAUUGUUAUUACGGAUGAAAGAUGAAGGGGCAGUUUUAAAAGAGUCCCUCUUUAUUAUGAUAAUGAGGCAUUAUGGAAGAGCUGGUUUACCAGGGCAAGCAACUAGAAUACUUUUGGAUAUGUGGAAUACUUUCUCUUGUGAACCCACUUUCAAGUCAUACAAUCAAGCGUUGGAUAUUCUGUUAGCUGGAAAUUGUCCCAAAGUUGCUCCAAAUGUAUUUUAUGAAAUGUUGGGGAAAGGUAUUUCUCCUUCUGUAUUUACUUUUGCUCGGGUGAUACAAGCAUUAUGUAUAGUCAAUGAGGUAGACUCUGCUUGUUCACUUCUCAGAGACAUGACAAAACAUGGGUGUGUACCAAAUUCAGUGAUUUACCAGAUUCUUAUUCAUGCUCUUUCAAAGUCUAAUCGAGUAAAUGAUGCGUUAAAACUUUUGGAGGAGAUGUUUCUUAUGGGUUGCAUGCCCGACGUCAAUACUUUCAAUGACAUUAUCCAUGGGCUUUGCCGAGCUGAUAGGAUUCAUGAGGCUGCAAAACUGGUUGAUCGGAUGCUUCUUCGAGGUUUCACCCCCGAUGCUAUAACUUAUGGCAUUCUGAUGCAUGCUUUAUGUCGAACAGGGCGAGUAGAUGAAGCAAAGGUUCUUCUCAACAAAGCACCUGAACAGAAUAAUGUCCUUUUCAAUACGUUGAUCAAUGGCUAUGUGACUAAUGGCCGAGUUGAUGAAGCAAAAACCAUUCUGAAUGAGAACAUGUUGAUUAAAGGUUAUCAACCAGAUGUUUAUACAUACAACAUUCUAAUUCGAGGUCUUUGCAAGAAAGGAAUUUUGUCUUCGGCUCAUGAAGCUGUAAGCGAAAUGUCAUCCCAAGGUAUCCAGCCCAAUGCAAUUACGUACACAACCUUGAUUGAUGGCUUCUCAAAGGCUGGCCGCCUACAGGAAGCUUAUGACCUUGUUACUGAGAUGUCAGCAAAAAGUCUCAGCCUAAAUAUAAUGGGUUAUAACUCUCUUAUAUCAGCUCUGUGUAAACAAGGAAUGAUCCAACAGGCAUUAGAAAUUUUUGGUGAUAUGUCAAGCAACGGAUGUAAACCGGACAUUUUUACAUUCAAUGCUUUGAUUUUAGGCUUUUGCAAGAUUGACAAGAUGGAUGAAGCUUUGGGGAUAUACCGAGAUAUGUUCCAGGAAGGAGUUAUUGCUAAUACAGUCACCUACAACACAUUGAUUCAUGCUUUCUUGAGGAAAGGUAAAACCCAAGAGGCGCUUAAGCUUGUAAAUGAUAUGUUAUUCAGAGGAUGUCCCCUUGAUGAGAUCACAUACAAUGGCCUCAUAAAAGCACUUUGCAAUGAUGGAGCAGUUGAGAGAGCAUUAGGACUUUUUGAAGAGAUGAUGAGAAAGAGAUCAAAACCUAAUCAUGUAACGUGCAACAUCUUGAUCAACGGCUUUUGCAGAAUAGGUAAGGUUCAAAAUGCCCUUGAGUUUCUGAGAGACCUGAUACAACGUGGAUUGACACCUGAUAUAGUCACAUAUAACAGUCUAAUAAAUGGCCUUUGUAACAAUGGUCGAAUUCGAGAAGCUCAGAACCUCUUUGAAAAAUUAGAACUUGAAGGAGUUUGUCCUGAUACUAUCACUUAUAACACCUUGAUUUCUUCCUAUUGUAAAAUGCGCAUGCUUGAUGAUGCUUAUACCCUGUUUACUAGAGGUAUAGCUGUUGGUUUCAUUCCCAAUAGUGUCACAUGGUACAUAUUAGUUAGAAAUUUUGUUCGAAAGAGUUAUGAGUCAGUUACUACUUUGACUUAGGUAAGUCAAUUUGAACAAGAACCGGCAUUUCUUAACAUGAUUAUAUUCACGCUGUUCUUAUUUUUAUUGUUCUUUUGUUGUCCGUUAGAAAGAACAGACAACAUCUUGUGAUCGA